AACCCUGUCAUUAUUAUUACAUAUUAGAACAAAAGGUCAAACAAACCUGUUUACUUACUUAGUCUCUGUUAAUAUUAAGUAACUAUGUUAUCUCUAAUUAUAGUUAUUUUAGACUUUUCACCUGAUUAUUGGGACAUGCCCACAUCAUCGCGCUGUGACACAUCUGGACGGUCCUUGUCUGUACUUGAUGAGUAUUUACUUCUUAAGUCCUAAAGUACACCCUUGCAUACUUCAGAAAUGGCCCGGGUCUUUUACUUUGAAACCUGCUCCUAGAGGAAGUGACGUAGGUGGUGACGCUGUUUCCGCUGCUCACAGCGACUCAAACGUCCAAAACAAUCGAUUAUUGAUUAGUAUCGAGGAUGAUCAGCUGAAUGGAGGUGACGGUUUCUGCGGGUGAGUUUGUUUGUUCAUAUAAUGCAGGGUGCGUUCGUUUUAUUCACACGGUGAGUUUGUUCAUAUAAUGCAGGGUGCGUUCGUUUUGUUCACACGGUGCGUUUGUUUUGUUCACAGGGUGAGUUUGUUUUGUUCACAGGAUGAGUUUGUUUGUUCACAUGAUGCAUUUGUUUUGUUCACAUGGUGCGUUUGUUUUGUUCACAGGGUGCAUUUGUUUUUUCACAGGGUUGUGUCGACUCUCAUCAUGGAGAAUGGACAGAGCACCACCAGCAAGCUGGGCCUGCCACCACUCACCCACGGCCAACAGGAGGCGCUGCAGAAGGCGAAGAAGUAUGCCAUGGAGCAGAGCAUAAGGAGCGUCCUGGUCAAACAGACGCUGGCUCAACAGCAGCAGCUUAACAGCCUGCAGAUGGCGUCCUUGUCAAUGGGUCUUGGAGACGCUCUGUCGCCGCUGCAGUCAGUGGCAGCGCAGCGUCAGAGAGCUCUGGCCAUCAUGUGUCGAGUUUACGUCGGCUCCAUCUACUACGAGCUCGGGGAGGAAACCAUCAGACAGGCUUUCGCUCCGUUUGGACCAAUCAGAAGCAUUGACAUGUCCUUUGACUCAGUGACCAUGAAACACAAGGGUUUUGCUUUCGUGGAGUACGAGGUUCCUGAAGCUGCUCAACUCGCUCUGGAACAGAUGAACUCUGUCGUCCUCGGAGGGAGAAACAUCAAGGUUGGAAGGCCCAGUAACAUUGGACAGGCUCAGCCAAUCAUUGACCAGCUGGCAGAAGAAGCUCGCGCCUUCAACAGAAUCUAUAUUGCGUCACUUCACUCCGACCUCUCAGACGACGACAUCAAGAGUGUUUUCGAGGCUUUCGGGAAAAUUAAGUCGUGUGUUUUGGCCCGAGAACAAAUGACAGGACGACACAAAGGCUAUGGCUUCAUUGAGUAUGAAAGGCCUCAGUCGUCUCAGGAUGCCAUCGCCUCCAUGAACUUGUUUGACCUCGGAGGUCAGUAUCUAAGGGUCGGGAAGGCCGUGACUCCACCCAUUCCUCUCUUAACACCGACGCCCCCUGUAGGACUCCCAACUGCUUCGACUAAAAUCACUGCUCAGGACACUCUGGGUGCCUCGGUGCUCGGAGCUCUGGCUGGAAUCCCUCAGGCUGUCAUGGCCGCCCAGGCUCCAGGUGUCAUCACAGGCGUGACACCAACUCGACCCGGCCUGCCUCAGGUGGCUCUGGUUAACCCGGUGCUGGCCACGCCUCCCGACCCAGCUGUGGCUUUUGGUUGUGAUUUGAAAAGGACGGAGGAGGAGCAUCAGCAGGAUGUGCAGCAGGAGGGUGCCAUGGACCCGCUCAGCGAGCAGGAACAUCUGAGCAUCAGCGGCAGCAACGCCCGACACAUGGUGAUGAGGAAGCUGCUCCGCAAGCAGGAGUCUACGGUGAUGGUUCUGAGGAACAUGGUGGGACCUGACGACAUCGAUGACGACCUGGAGGGCGAGGUCACGGAGGAGUGUGGGAAGUUCGGUCAGGUGAAACGUGUCAUCAUCUACCAGGAGCGUCAGGGCGAGGAGGCCGCCGCCGACGUCAUCGUUAAGAUCUUCGUAGAGUUUUCGGACGCGGCUGAGAUGGACCAAGCCAUUAGGGCGCUCAACCGCCGCUGGUUCGCCGGACGCAAGGUGGCGGCGGAGGUUUACGAUCAGGAGCGGUUUGAGAACAGCGACCUGUCGGCGUAGAAUCCCACGUGGAACAUUUACGAUUCAGGUCAAACUAAACUUCAUCCGGAUGUAGAGAGGGAGGCAGAGCCACAUCUACGUUACUGUGAUGGUAUGAUGACCUCCGACCUCAGGUGCACAGGUCAAACAGAUGACAUCACUGUGUUUUCAUGUUUGAUAUGAUUGAUGUCAUGUGACAUUUGAAUCUGUUUCAGACUAAAGCAAGGUUUUGUAAUUCCUUCUGCUGCUGCUUUCAGAAACAAACAUGAACAUGAGGUCAGAGGUCGGUGGUGUGUUCAGGUGAAUGUCAACGACCAAAACAUGUAAAUACAACUUUUUUUCUCUCUCUCUUUGUUUACAAAGAAAUUAAAGAGCUUUUUGUCUUCAUACUAAAAUGAACGAGUGCGUCAGUUUUUUAUUCAGCACAGACGACAUCUGAUGAUGGUGAUGAUGAUGAUGAUGAUGAUGGUGAUGUGAUGAUGAUGAUGAAGGUGAUGGUAAUGAUGAUGAUGAAGGUGAUGGUAUUGAUGAUGAUGAUGAAGGUGAUGGUAAUGAUGAUGAUGAUGAAGGUGAUGGUAAUGAUGGUGAUGUGAUGAUGAUGAAGGCGAUGGUAAUGAUGAUGGUGAUGGUAAUGAUGAAGGUGAUGAUGAUGAUGAUGUUGAUGAUGGUGAUGGUGAUGGUGGCGAUGAUGAUGGAUGAUGAUGGAGAUGUGAUGGUGACGAUGGUGAUGAUGAUGAUGUUGAUGAUGGUGAUGAUGAUGAUGAUGGUGAUGGUGGUGAUGGUGAGACUUAAAUAUUGAAUGUUUGUAAAUGAUCAAAAUGUUUAAAGGGGACAUAUUAUACCCUAUUUCCCCCAUUAAAAUAGUUCCCUGGUGUCCUAA